AUGUUUCAUUUCGAAUUAAUCGGUUGCAUUCAAUUUGAUUGUAUACCAGCCAUGAAACCUGAAACACAAUUUAUAAUACAAAAUAAAUUGAAAAAUAUGAAAGAAAAGGCAUUUUUAAUCAUAUACCUUUUCAGGAUACCGUUCAAAUUUUCCAUAGUCCAAACCGACACUCUUUUUGAAAAUACAAUAAAAGUUAGUAAUAUUGAAAUAGAAAGCCACAUUGAUUACCUGUCAGAGUAUGGAAAUGUAGUUUCCAAAGACUCAAAAAAGGAUGUCAAAAUGGCAAAUGUCUGGAUUUCCUACAAUUCCAAUGAAAGCCCCAACAACUAUCUGUACAACAUUCUCGAUCAUCCCUGGAAUGUCCAAAGCACCAAGAUCAACGAUAUUUUGGCCUCAAAGAUACCAAACAUUCAACUUUUGACGCCCCAUGACGGAUUGAAUCCGCUGGAGUUCAAAUUCAAGCAGGACAAAAACGUACAGUACUUUAAUUUAGAGUCGCAGGAACAUGAAAAUCCCAAAAUAGCAGACAAGCCUGACCCUUAUAGCAUUGAAAAUGAAGUGUACCAGGACACUAUGUACUUUGAAGCACCAAGAAUCACUUUUAAUAUGAUAAAAUAUCUGUUAAAAUUUAGCUCAUCGUCCAAGGUCGUUAUGAAUUACAGCGAACUUCAAAAGACACCGUUUUUGGUUAUUUUCUUUCUCCACCUGCCAAUAAUUUUAACUUCAAUCAUCAUUGUGAUUUUGGUUCUCUCGUUUGAAUCAGGGAUUACAAAAGAUUUAAUACAGGACGAAAUAUCAAAGCUACCUUUACAAAAAUAUUCUGAAGACCUUGAGUUUACCGAGUGUUCAAUUUGCCUUGAUAUUUUCCAAGUAAACGAGGAGGUGAGGGUGUUAAGCUGCAAACACUGCUUCCAUAGGAACUGCAUAGACUCGUGGCUGCGGUCAAUGCUAAAGUGUCCAAUAUGCAGAAACUCGGUUACAAAGCUGGCAGAUUCACAAAAUUAUGAAUUCUACCAAUCCUUAAAUAGUAUACCGUAG